GUCAGUGUGCGCUCCUCUCCGCUCCUGCCAGAUAAACUUCUGCGCUUCCAGAAGAGACGGACAGAAGAACCGGUGCUGGUUUUAACUGCUCAGUCGUGAAACGACCAAGGGACUAUUGUGAGACAUUUGUGAUAUUCUCCUCGAGCUGUUUGCGGUGGAAGUAAUCGCGUUUGUUGUGGAUUUUACUCUCCUGAUAUUUUGAACUAAAAGUGUUAUGCGCUAACCGUUGGGGAUCUCUGAAAUUCUAAGGCAUCAGUUGGAGCACCAGGAUUUAAUCUGUGGGACAGAUAUGGAACUUUAGCUUCAUUCCUCACAUAUGCACCAUCUCACCUGGAGUGAAUUCGCCUGGUUUUAACUUUACGCUCUUCCAGCAAUGGUGGGGCACUUACAUUUACAAGCUAUGGAUGAGAGUUUGAAAGGAAAGAACCGGGAAGGACUACUCGAUAGUCCGGAUUCAGGAUUUCCUCCGAGUCCCAGCCCGCCCUUCUAUUCUCUGUCGCCAGGGAUCCUUGAGUCGAGGUCCGGCAGCUGUUCAACACCAACUGAGCUGCAGGGAUACAGCAGAAAGGAGAGCCGGCAGGGUAAACUGCUGCCAUACUUGCUCCUGAACUCUCAAGUUCCAGAUGCCAAAUCACGCAUGUACCCUGUGGUCUAUGGAGAGAGCAUUGAGGUCAACCCCAAACCAGAAAAAGAGAUCAAGUUCAACUCUGCAGUGAAGUAUGCUUCAGACAGACACUUCCGCGAUCAGGUGUACUGUGCCCAGGUCCCGACCGCCACGUCCUUCAGUGAGACAGUGGUGGCGGUCCAAAACCACACGUGGCGUAGCUACAAGUCAGAGGUUCACUUUGAGCCACGGCUCAGGCCGCUACACUUCCAAAGCACGGCCAUCGUGUUCCCCAAGCAUGCCCGGAAUACAUACCGCACCACGCUUAACUACAAUGGCAACAAAAAUGCAGCUGGUCGACGAUGGUUUGUGUCCACAGUCAGACUGGAGUCCACCGAGGAUGCCAGUCCAUGUAUCAUUUACACAGAAGACCUCUGAAAGAGGUUUGUUAUCGUUCCCACAAUUAAAAAACUCCCUUUUUAGAGCUUCAGUGAAAGUGCUUGGACUUGAGCAACAGGGCUCUGUUACUACUACAACCCUGAUUAAAAAUGGAUGGCUAGAGACUUCAAAGAAAAUAAAAGAGGAAAACUAAGUCAGUGAGGGCCAUUUUGUUCUCUUGCUUCCGGAGAAGUUGGUACAUGACAAAGGGAAUCUGGUGGAGUUGUGUCUGUGCAGUCUUCUUUACAUGUCGCAGUAUACUUGUGUUAUGUGUUAGUAAUGUAUUUAUGUACAUCUGAGUUUUUUUAUGAAUAAUGUCCAGUCAAGCCAGUCAGGAGGGGGGAAAAUCAUUUGGGCCGAAACUGUUUCUGAUGUUUGCUUAUUCAUAGGCCUGCACGGAAUCUGCACAUGCAGAAUUCCACAGAAUUCGAACAAAUGUCAAUUACAAAAUUCUACACAUCCCCCACCCUUUUUGUGUUUUAAUUCAAAUCAAAUAUUAUUUGCCAGUACAUUGAGGGAAGCAAGGUAAAUUCUGGUACCUUGCACGGUACCUUUUUAAAGCUAAAAUGUAUGAAUUUUGCCGAAUUUGAUAAGGUUAUUGCCUACAAAUACAGUAAAACUGUAAUACUCAGCUUUAUUUAGGCAAUUUUACCAUUUGAAUUCUACAGGUUUUCUCCCAAAAUAAGUACAGAAAUAUGUAAAAACUGUACAGAUUCCAUGCGGGCCUAAUUAUUUGUCUGGGUAUUGGCAAUUCUUGCAAAUGCUCAAAGAGGACAUGCCUGACUAUAAUUAAGAUUAAAUGCUGCCAUAUUUUAUUGCUAUAUUUUAGGAUAAAGACUGUGGACGAGAGAGCCAGCACAAAGUAAAUUGGGAUUAAACCCAAAAUUUUCAGAGAAUUUUCAGAGAAAAUAUAAACUUUAUUUGAGUUGCACUUAUGCUUAUGUUUUUUUGUUGUUGAUGUUUUUUUUACCAAGGUUAUAAAUGUCUUGGUAUGAAAAAGGGCAAAUCAAUGAGUAAGAGCACUUAAAAGGUUGGACCAAAGAUUCUGCCUUAAAUAUUUCCUCCCUUUCUGUUUGUACCUCAGAAAAUGAGUUUUAGAAGCCGCCCAGGGUUUUGACAUUGUAAUAAUUCAAUGGCCAAAAUAUGACCUGAACUCACAAAGCCAACCUGGUCUCAAAGAAGAACCUUACUAUAACUACAUUUUUGCAAACUGACUUUUAUGUGCAAAAUUCUACAUUUCGUUGCAGUGUCCUGGUGAAAUGAACACUAGAGGCGCUACAACAGCUGUGCGUUUUAUUCACUUUCACAUAUCAUGACUGCAACAGUUGAUUAUGACUUUAUAUUAAAGGAAAUGCAAGAACGUAGAGAGAAGUUGUAUUUGAAAUGAAUAGAUUGGUUGAGCAUGUUUUAUGGGACAAUUGAGCACAUUUUGAGGGAUUUGUGCUGGUUUUGUGAGAAAGUUUCUUGUCAGGUUGCCGCUAUGAAUCAGAAUAGUUCAUCUGGAGGGGACAAAGUUAAUUUAUCUCAUGACAUCUGAAGACUAUGUGCAGUCAUCUGAUAUACUUUCUGACUGUAUGGUUGGAUAACCUCUGGUUUCGAGAAGUAAUGAGUAUUUUAUUCUUUCUUGUUUUUGGAGCCAAAUAGUUUCAUCCAAAAUCUUGAUUAAGUGAACUGUUACCUCCAGCUAAUGCAUUUCCUCUUUAAUGUGUAACACAAUCUCUUUUGUGUAGAGGAGAGGGAAAACUUUCUGUUCUGACUGGCUUUAACUUCUGCUCUUCUUUUUAGAAAGUAAUGAGAUAUAAUGCACAGAUACUUCAAGAGGGAGAUUAUGACUAAAGCAGGCAGGCAUUGGGAGGUGUUAGUACUUUAUGUCUGUCUUGUGUUUGGACUAUACAUUUUGAAUUCUUUAAAAGCUGAAAGUGGAAUUGUAAAUUUAGAUCUUUUACCUCAUUAAAAAUCUCUCGUUUUGGCUUGUAAAAAGUUUUUUUUUUUUUUUUUUUAUGAUGGGGAUCCUCUGUUGCAUGAAAAUAGCAGCAUAUUUUGUAUUUUAAUGACAAAGAAAAAUGUAUGUUUAAGUCUGUAAUGGUAUAUGGAUAUAUUGGAAGCGUUGAGAGGAACUACAUGGCAGUAAAACACAAAAGGUUCUGUCAAAACAAUAUAAUACAGUUAACUAGUACAUCAUGCACAUAUAUUCCACGACAUUACUGGAAAACACACAUACCAUAGAUGUUUAGCUGGUUUAGAGUACUUAAAGGGAAAGUUCACCCAAAAAUGAAAAUUCUCUCAUCAUUUACUCCAUCCCAGAUGUGCAUGACUUUCUUUCUUCAGCAGAAAACAAAUUAAGAUUUUAUGACUCCACCAUGUCUUCAGAAGUGAUAUGAUAGAUGUGGGUGAAAAACGGAUCAAUAUUUAAGUUCUUUUCACUAUAAAUCUCCACUUUCACAUUCUGAAAGUGAAAGUAGAGAUAUAUAGUAAAAAAAAGGAUUGAAAUGUUUUUUUCUCACCCAAAAGGAUUGCAUUGUUUCAGAAGACAUAUAAUAAACCACUGGAGUCGUAUGGAUUACUUUUAUGCUGCCUUUAUCUGCUUUUUGGAGCUUCAAAGUUCUGGUCACCAUUCACUUGCAUUGAACGGAUCUACAGAGCUGAGAUAUUCUUCUAAAAAUCUUUGUGUUCUGCUGAAGAAAGAAAGUCAUGCACAUCUGGGAUGGCAUGAGGGUGAGUAAAUGAUUAGAGAAUUUUCAUUUUUGGGUGAACUAUCCCUUUAACCAAUGCCUGCAAAAAGCAUUAGCAUUUCAUGAGAAAUCCACAAAGUGUUGAUAAGAUGUGAAAUUAUAGGGGAGGCAUGUCUGAUAAAUCACUCCUUACAGUAUGUGUUGGAAUGGUUUACUUGAGAAAUGAUGGACUAUUGAUAAGGAAUUUUAGCAAUGUGUUGAAAGCCAUGCAGAAUUAUUAAACUGGAGAUGAGGGGAGAGCUUUUAUUUUUUCAUGUGUAUGAAAUUCUAUUAUUACAUUUGUUUGAUGUAAAAAUGCUCUCUGCUAACUGAUCAAUCUUUGUUUCGUUCCCUAACACGAUGAAUUGUAUGUAAAAUACUUUCCUGUUGUAUAUGUGGCAUACAUUUUUGUAUAAUUCCCAGGUUAAUGAUCUUCUUUUGGGCAACAAAUGAGAAAAUAAUUUAAGAAAAAAAAAAAAUGUAUAUCCAAACUGAAUAAAUAAAAGC